CAAGUUGCAAUAUUUUUUUGCCUUAAAGUUCCUUCAUAAUUGAAUUAUGAACAAAAUGUCUCGAGAAAAAUAUAUUGGAAACUAUUUUAAGAACAUGCUGCAAUAAAUUUUCUUGCCACUGUGCGCAGAAAUGGAUAGCAAACCUCUCAUUACAUGUGCCGGGGAUCAGAAGCUCUUCCAGUCGGUAAAGCAGCCCCUUACUGAUGGAUUACCCAGGGAGUCGGGAGAAUGGAGGAGGUCCCACAUGAGGAAUCCGAAGUCCGUGUAUGUGAGCGCCAACUUCGUUGAGUUCUCCGAAGACGGACUACCCGAUGAAGGCACGACGAGUCUGCUGGGACAGGCCUUCUUCCAUAUCUACUGGACGGAAUGCCAGGACAUGGACCACUACAAGCAGUCCGUGAAGGACAGCAUCGGCAGCUGGCUGUCCAAGCUGAAGGCCAAGAAGAUCUACGACUGGCUGAUCGUGGUAGUGGACCACCUGGAGAGCAAGAAGUCCAGCAAGACCAAACUGCUGCCGAGGACCACGGUUCUGGACAAGAUGAAGAGCGACUUUCCCAGCCAGAGCUCACAGAGGUGCAUCUCCCUGCUGGACCCUGCGCGGCAGGACCCCCGCUUCGGCGACUCCCUGCGGGCGGUGGUGGAGCGGGUGCGGCGCCUGGUGCUGCAGGCGUGGGGGCGGCGCGUGGCGGCCUUCGAGGAGCACGUGCGAGGGCGGCGGGAGCGCCGCACCGAGCCCGGCUGGAGCUUCGCCAACUUCUUCGGGCUGCAGGAGGAGCUGGCCCUGGCCCUGGAGGCCCUGGGGCUCUACGACGAGGCCCUGGUGCAGUACGACGAGCUGGACGCGCUCUUCACGCAGUUCGUCAUCAACUCCAACGUCGGAGACAUGCCCUCCUGGAUGAGCGCCUACUCGGGGCCCUGCGACGUGUGGCCGGGGCUGUGCCUGCUUCCGGCCCGGAUCCAGUCCCUGCGCCGAACCCUGAGUCAGGGCCGAGCCUCCCUGCUGGACCUCCGCUGCUACCUGUUCGCUCGCCAGUGCAGCCUCCUGCUCAUGCUGUGCCGGCCCUGGGAGGUGGCCCAGCGAACCCUGCCCUUCCUGCACAACUGCGUCAGCGAGCUCAGGACCUUGGAGGUGUCAGUACCCCCCGGGGCUGUGUCAUGCUGGGUAUUCCUGAGCUGCUUCGAGGUGCUGAGGACGUGCGAGAAAUUCAGCGACCAAUCACAGAUCAAGGAGUACUCCCUCUACUGCGCAGGACUCUGGGCCUAUGCCAGGGAAAAGUUGCACGACCUGGGCCUUCUGUGUGGUCUGAUGCCCGACCUGGAAGCCAACUCUGAGAAGCUGCACAUCGUGGUCGGACUCCUAGCGGGGAUGGGGGAAGACCCCUACAGUGAAAGUUCCGUGGAAAGUCCACACGCCAAACUGAGAGCAGCUUUGUCAUCCAAGGACACCUAUCUCAAGCAUUACCUGGAGCUGUCAGAGCUGACGAUGGGCACCUUCAAGCACAACCGCCGCAUAAGGACAGCCCGCCUCAUCGGGAGGGACCUGGCCCAGUUCUACAUGAAGAUGAAACAGCCCCAGAAGGCAGUGUCCUUCCUGUCUGACCUCCUGAAGACUUAUCGCGAAGAGAACUGGGAGGUGCUUACAGCUGAUAUCCAGCAGGACCUCCUAGCCUGCUACACAGCCAUGGAAGACACUCCCCGCCUCCUGAAGACUCUGGUGAGACUCUCGGCCACCCUCCACACUCCCCUCGAUAGGAGGAAAGACUACUUCCAGGAGAUCACAACCCACAGCGAGAAGCUCGGAACUGAGCCCCUCCUCCUCCGAACGGAGAAGACAUUCCUACUGGGCGGAGCUACCAUCGAUUCACCGGUCACGCCCAUCAUCCGGAACUCGGAGAUCCGAGUCACCUUCACCAUCCAGAGCAACCUCCCCAGCGAGAUCAUCUGCAGGAACGUGAGGCUGGUCCUCAAGAGAGUCUCCUCCAGUGGGGAGGGGCCGAAGAAGAGCGAAGGGCGGCGCCUUUCACCGAGGUCCCACCCCUCCGGUCCCGCCCACAGCCCCAUGUCGCCAAUGCUGUCUGGAGAGCUAGGCAUACCUUGCCGGGAUGAUAUGCCGCCCAGGAUCCUAGUCCAGCCGCAGGUGGUUCUUACCUCCUACCGACAGGAUGGUCAGCCUAUCUUUUCCGUGGUGUGCAAGAACACUCAUCAGGUGCUUCGUCGGCGUGACAGCCUGGGGUUCCACAAGGAAGACAUCACGGAAGAAGAGGUGGGACCCACUUUCAAGAGCAGCAUGGUGAAGCUCACACCCGGUCACAACGUAGUCACCAUCACCGUUCAGACUAGUGAGGCCGGCCUGUUUUCCUUCCAUCGUCUGUGGCUCGAGUGGGGCAACAUCCACUUUGCCGUGUGCAACUUCUCGCCAGUCUUCUCUUUCGUCGUCGUGGAAGAGGCACCCACCCUGCACAUAGAGCCCCGAGAAGGUGACCUGUUAGCUGGCAUCGAGCGGACCCUUCUCCUUAACAUCUCCAGUGGCAGCUCCUGCUUUUCCACAGAGACCAGCAUUCAGGUUAAGGCUUCCAGGGGGCUAAGGCUCAAGGUCGGUUCGGAUGACUGGUCGGAGGAAGUGACGGUGUGGGCCCCGCCCUUGAAGCCCUUCGAACGGGCCCAGGUGGAGUUGGGGGCCCUCGCGUCUUUGGGGCCCCAGAGGAAUGCCAACACCAUCGAGCACACGCUGGCCCUUCAGUGCCCCUGGGCACAGAACGCUCAGCGAAUACAGCUCCACUUCCAGGCGCCAUUUCUGGUCACGCAGAAGCUGCACACCAGCGGCAUCAGGAAAUACAUCCAGGUGACAAUUAACGGAAUGUCUCGGAAACGCUUCCUCUUCCGUGAUGUCCAGCUGACCCCCAUGGACAAGCCCAAUGUCCCCCUCAAGGAGCUCUGUGCCUUCAAAGAACUGGUGGUCGACUCCGACCAGUCUACUAGCUUCCUUUGGGAGAUCCUGAGCGAAGAGCCGGAGCUCCUGCCCCUGCAGUUCGACUUCUCUGCCACCUACAAUAUCCAGGACUUCCCGGACCUGGGACCCUACCCCUACCAGUUCGAGCUCAAGCUCAACAGCUACGAGACGCUGUAUGCCAUCCGAUCCAGGGUGGAACCCCCCCGGGGUUCCGAGUUCUGCCGGGCGGGUACCACCUGCUUCAUGCAUGUGACCAUCCACCAGGUCCACCCCUCGGGCUUCACCUCCCUCAUGUACGAGGUGGUGGCGGACCAGGCCACCUGGGCAGUCUGCGGGAGGACAGCAGGUGUGGUGAACAUCGACACUUCCGGGAGGCAUUCCGUGGUGCUGGACGUGAUGCCCCUAUUGGCCGGAUUCCUGCCGCUUCCCGCCAUCCGACUCUCCAAGUACAUCCCGGCAGAGAAGCCUCCUGCCCCCAAAGAGUCGACCCCUUCGAAGGAUGCGAGCUACCACAUGGCGAGGCUGGAGCCCUUCGAUGCGGGCCAGGUGUACAGCUGGAGCCGGGCCACACAAGUGCACGUCCUUCCCGCCCCCACCACAGCCCUCGACGUCUCCUCCUGACCGAAAUAAAUGUUCUUUUGCUCUUGUUG